ACGUGACGGGAAACAUGACUUUUCUCUCGGAGGUACACAACACACACCACACAAAACUUCCCAUCAUAUGAUGCUCCAGCCUGGAAAUUCGGCACUGUAGCGUCCUCGCAGGCCUGUUUUACUGGUUUUUGGAGACGUGAUGAAGUGUUAAUACUGUUGAACGUGUCCGGCGUGCUUCCUGGCAUCGAGGCUUGUGUGUAAGUGGAAUAAUUUCCAGGGAAGCUGCAGUGAUGUUGUUUGCCUGCGCCGUGUUUCUCGGUGCAUUAGUGGCGCACACCUCGGCUCGGUACAGCCCCGACUGGAAGAGUCUGGACGCCAGGCCGCUGCCUUCAUGGUACGACGAGGCCAAGCUGGGGAUUUUUAUCCACUGGGGGGUGUUUUCUGUCCCCGGGUUUGGCAGCGAGUGGUUUUGGUGGCAUUGGCAAGGCCAGCAGCCUCCGGACCCGAAGUGUGUGCGCUUCAUGUCAGAGAACUACCCCCCCGGGUUUAGUUACCCCGAGUUCGCACCCCAGUUCCACGCCCAGUUCUUUGACCCGGGAGAAUGGGCAGAUAUGUUCAAGGCUUCUGGUGCAAAGUAUGUCGUCUUGACUGCCAAACAUCAUGAGGGAUUUACAAACUGGGCGUCUCCAAACUCCUGGAACUGGAACUCUGUUGACACCGGUCCUCACAGAGACCUUGUAGGAGACCUGGCAGAGGCAGUGCGCAACAGAUCAUUGCACUAUGGACUCUACAACUCCUUGUACGAGUGGUUCCACCCUCUCUACCUGUCUGACAAGAAGAAUGGCUUCAAAUCCCAGGAGUUUGUAUUUCAUAAACUACUACCAGAGCUUUAUAACAUGGUAGUAAGGUACAGGCCUGAGUUAAUCUGGUCUGAUGGGGACUGGGAAGCACCGGACACCUACUGGAACUCCACCGAGUUCCUUGCCUGGCUGUAUAAUGACAGUCCUGUCAAAGAUACCAUCGUGACCAAUGACAGGUGGGGGGCGGGCUGUGCCUGUAAACAUGGCGGCUACUACAACUGUGAAGACAAGUACACCCCUGGGAAGCUGCCCAAGCACAAAUGGGAGAAGUGCACAUCAGUGGACACUUUAUCCUGGGGUUACCGUCGCAACAUGAAGAUGAAGGAGCUGAUGGAUCUGCACACUAUCAUUGAGGAUCUAGUUCGCACUGUGGCUCUGGGCGGGAACUACCUUCUGAAUGUGGGUCCCACACCUGACGGGAUGAUCCCACCGCUCUUCGAGGAGAGGCUAAGGGGUGUUGGUGCCUGGCUAAAGGUCAAUGGAGAGGCCAUCUACGCUUCCAAACCCUGGCGGGUCCAGAACGAGAAUGCAACUGUACCAAUCUGGUACACUUCUAAAGGCACCACUGUCUAUGCCACCAUGACAACCAAGCCUUCCCAGACCACACUGUACCUGUUUGAACCUCGCACAUCAGAGACCACCAAGGUGACUUUACUGGGCAAUCCUAAGCCCUUGCAGUGGUCUUCAAUAUAUCCCAAUACUGGCCUUAUUGUCCUCCUGCCUGAGCUCCCCUUCACAAGCGGCCAGGCAUGGACUCUCAGACUGGACGGUGUCCAGUGAGCCUCAGAGACCUGAAGUGAUAAACUCACAAGGCUGAAAAAGGCUAUCUAAAAACUGACAGAAUGUAAGAAUGUAAGGGGAAAUUUGAUGAAAAGUGAAUUGCUCCUGGGUGAUUAGGGAACUCCUGUGUUGUAGAAUUGUAUUUUCCAUCAAUGCCGGCUCACUGUGACCUGAAACACUUCAAAGGUUAGGCACGCAGGCUUGAUGCCUCAUGUCACAAAGUGAAAGAAUGGAGCACUCCAUUUUAAUUUGUUUUUCCUUUUUUUUUUUUAAAUGCUGCGUGAGGAAAAUGAUGCCUUGUUGCUUUCAAGAAUAAAGGCUUAACAGCUCAGUAAUUGUUAAUUGUGCUCUGUUUAAAUGACUGAAUGAUUUUGAAUGAAAAGUACUACUUGCCAUUCAGAUUGUGAUUUUUUUUUUACCUGCUGUUUGUUAGCUGGCUAAUUGCUCUUCAUCUGAGACACUUCACAAUUUUUUAAUAGAUUGUUUGAACAUGCAAAACACUCUAUUUUUGUACUGUAUGCUUUUAAAUAACAAUAAAAGAUUUUGAGAUUAA